UAGUCUCAUAAGGGUGAACUCUGCCGACGACGUUUCAUUCGUGUUGGCCUUCAAGGGGAAGUAUUCAGAAAUACCGAACUCAUUUUCUGUUUGCAAAUGUUGCACAGUGGUUAGCGUCGGUGCUGCAGUGCUGGUAGUCUAACAACAUCACCGAGCUCCAGAGGACACUUUAUUUGCAGGUGAGCAGCCCUCCCCUGGUCGCCAUGGAUGCUUGUGCGCGUAUUCGGGGAGCCCCACUGAAGUACAAGGCCUUUGUCAGAAAAGAGACUGUGCGUGACAAUGGAGCGCAGUUUGUCAAGAGCCUCUUGCGAAGCAAAAAAGAUCUUUGCAGUAUCAACCUGGACCUCCCAUCCAGCGACAGCAUAAGAUUUACAGAGAUUCAUUUUGUCUGUCUACCUGGUCAGAGUGAAGGCGACGAUGCUGUGGAUCAGGCCUUGGCAUCCCUUCCCGCUGGCCUGUGCGAGAUGCUCAGAACCUUCCAUAUUCACGGCCUGAGAAAUAAUGAAGUUCAGUUGCUCAGAGAAUCUCCUAGACUGGCAGAGCACAGGGACACUAGGCCUCAAUGUUGGGUAAAGGCCGUGUGUGUGCUACGUCACAACCCUGGUGUCAGUGGGCAACCUCCAGCCAGCGUCACAUCGUUGACAGGCCUUCUUGGGUGCUACGUUGCCGGCGUCCGCUACGCUCUGGAGUUGCAAAGCCUCCACAGGGGCGAGGCGGGGCAGUCGGAGGACGACGACACCAACCAGUCCAUCGCAUCCAUCGAAGAUGACUUUGUCACUGCGCUGGAGAAUCUCGAGGAGGAUGAAAUGGGAGAGAACCCCUCUUAUCGCCCUUCCAAAAGACAUGAUGUGGCAUCACAGACGAUGCCCGCCCACAGGAGACGAAAAGAACUAUCAGGUUCCCACAUAAUAACAAGUUCAUCUUCAAAGAAAAUUGCAGCCAAGCACAAGCCGGGCCCAGAGGUUUCUGUCACAGUGCAGAGGUGUUCAGGUAUGGAUACCCAAUGGACUUACUGCAGUCCUGGAGCUCGUCUGUCCUCAUCAACGGUUGAAAACAGUGAAUCCGACGAAUCUGACUGUUCCAGCCCAAGCCCUAUCAUUUUCCUGGAUGAGGUGGGCUACCAAAAGAGCUUGCUGGCCAAGCUGGAUAUCCCUCAGGUGCCAGGAGGUCCCAGAGAGAGGGUGGAAGACUCUGACUCUGAAGUGAGUGAGUUCUUUGACAGCUUUGACCAAUUUGAUGACCUGGACGACUUCAGUUCAGAGAGUGGCACUCUGACGCUUCCAAUGGAUAAUGAAAGUGCAACAAACACACACGUUAAAACCACGGAAUCUAGCACUGGUGGUUCCGCAUCCAAAUAUGUAUCCCAAGGCUACUCAACAAAGGGAAUGUAUCCUCACUGCUUUGAUCAACCAAUUCUCCCGGCUAAUGUGAAAAAACCCACUCCUCUUAAACCAGGCUCCCCCUACGGACCUCAGUCUGACAUGGCUGACUCUCCACGGCCAGUACAGAGUCCCUCUGAGGACAACGGUGGUCCACUCUUCAGUCCCAUCAGCUCCUCUGCCUUUAUUCCUCUGGUAGAUUCAAGUGGGGUGCUGGAAUAUUUCUGGAAAAGGAGUGAGGAUGGGAGCGACAGCACUGAGUUAAGGAAACCUCAAGAUCUCUGCUCGUUGUAUAAGACCUACUCGGACUUUGCCAGCAGUCUCUCGAAAGAAAUUCUUGGAUCUGUCUACGGGUACCAAUCCGCAAUAGACAUUAAUGACAACAAGAAUCUGAGUUGUGUUUGCCACAAGGAAUUCACCAACCCCUCAGGCUACACAAUGAGGCUGUCAGAAAUCCAGGAGACUGUAACGGUGGCCAAGCUGCAGAAGACAUCCCAGUCUCUGAAGGAUGGUAUUCAGCGGUUUGCUGCUGACCUUGUCGAUAUGAGCCUGGGCAGUGCUUUGCGGGACCUUCAAAAAGGCGUGUCUACUUGCACCACCACGUUGUGUCACCUCGCUGCGAGACUCACCUCCUCAGUAUUUCAGAUGGCCUUUCAUGAGAUUGGCAUGCGGCAGGCCUAUGUGUUGAAAGAGCGAGCGGUGAAUGGCUUAGCAAAUUUCCUGGUUGGGGAGGCGGUAUCUGGCGCCUUGAAAGACUUCUUGACUGUAAAAAAGCAGAUCUUCCAUAGCACAGUUACGCAGUUUGCAGCAGAUUUAGCUGAAGAGCUGAUAUUCGAAGGUAUUAUGGAGGUGUGUCAGUUCUCUCACCCGUCGACCCCUCUAACCUCCAGUGAUUGGUUUUUUGGCCAGGAGAACAUGGAAGAAGAAGAGGAGGAGGAGGAGAUUGUUACUUCCUAUGCUUCAGACUUGUCCGAGUCGGUUAUCCAAGAGGCGUUCAUCGAGCUCUCUCAGGCUGAAAUUGCCUUUACUAGCCAAGCAGCCAUCAGUGUUUCUCCAGACAACAUCUGUUACGCUAGUUCUGAGAAUAUGAGUGCCCACACCAGCAGCACUUUUGCUAACCAGCAGCUUUCCAAUGCAACCUCAGUAGAUGCUCCAAUGACCUUGGGAGAGAGUGGCCCCUGCAAAGUAAAGGAUGCUCUUUUCACCGUGUCAGGCAUGGCCAGCUGCAUCCCCGUUCCCCAAGCUGGAAAAGCUAUCUCCUGUUUAAAAGAUUCUGAAGACCAUCAUGGUUCCAGCCUAACAGAUACCUCACAGUGUAGCCCUAAAAGAGUCACAGUGUUUUCCUCAAAUAACACUACAUGUAUGCAAAGUCACAUCUGCAGCCAAGAAACUCAAACGACCACCUCUGCAAAAGUCUGCUCCCAUCAAAAGUCACCAUUUCAAAACUUCUCUGUUAACAUGGUGGACACGCUAGUGACUGAAGCUUGUGAGCUUGUCAGCUCUUCUAAAGUGAAGAAAAGUUUUGAUGACUGCGCUGGUUUCCUUUCAAAGGCAGUCCUUAGUCAAAGGGACACUUUGCCUGUGCCAAAUACAGAGAAGGUUGGACAAAAGAAGAUGUCUCACCCCGGGGAUGACGCAUCUCCAAACUCGGUUAAAAAACCUGGUCGAACACCUGGCACUCCUCCAUCUACCCCCCAGCAGCCAAGUGAAGUAUCCAAGGAGAAACAAAUAAAGCAGUUCUCCAAGAAAUUAAAAAGCAAGUUGGCCAAAGAAUUUUCCCCAGCUACACCUCCUCCAACUCCACACUAUCACCCUGAGACUGGCCCUGGUCCAAUGGAAAACAGCCCAGAGGCAGACAAGACAGAGUUUAUGUUAAAAUUGAUGAGAUCUCUUUCCGAAGAGGUAGAUGGUAAGGGGGACGAGGAGGAGGAGGAAGAAUUGCCUGAAGACCCGAGUCUAAGUGGCACCAACAAAUCAGUUGAGUCAGAAGGUCUACCACAGGAAGUGAGACAGUUGUCCUCUCGCAGGCUUUCAAGCAAGGAAGCUCUCCAUUAUGCAGAGCAGUUGGCUUGUCACAUAGUUUCAAUGGCAACAGAAAUAGACACUCUGGGAGCCGGUGAUGAAGUUGGGGAACCCAGCGUUAUGGAUGAGAGAAGACGUGACAGUGUGGCUCAUUUCUCAGAGAAAACUUUGAACACCUUGUGGGUGUAUGCAGGGGAGGUGGCUGGGGAAGUCAUCAAUGAUGUGAAGAAGAUGGUGAGCUCUGUCCAACAGUGCUCAUAUCAUGGCUCUCCCGGAAGAAGUGUUGAUCGUCCUCGAUCAGCAUGUUUGCAUCACCACCAACAUAACUCUCUUCCUGGCACAGAUCAGAACAGGGACUGGAGGGUCGAAAGGGUGGCUGAGCAAUGGUCCACCAAUCUGCUAUCUUCUGUUUUUCGCUCACCUGUCUCAGUGUCAAGUAGUUCCAGCUCAGGAUUGUCCUCGACAUACCCCAGCUGUGAAAGUGUGACCGAUGAAUACGCCGGCUAUCUCAUUAGGGUGCUAAAGAAGGAGGGAGGCAGUCGGGAGUUAGUCCUCGAUCAGUAUGCUAGUCGUCUGGCCUACCGGUCAAUCAAACAAGGUUUGGCUCAUGCUAGAAACAAGGUUAAGCAGAGAUCUUCUAGCUCCCGCCUUCGUCCCUCAAAGUCGUUACCAGAUGAAUGGAUGUCAUCGGGUAGUGAGGUCUCACCUGCCGAGGACGUGGUGGACUCAGUCGUUUGUCCCUCCUGUGAGGACGUACAGUGUUGUUGCGGAGAAAAACAGGGACACAAAGACUGCUUUGAUUUGGUGAACUUUGCAGAAUCUUUGGCAUACAAUAUCACUUGUGAUGUCACACAAACACUUCGUCUAUCGUCUGGACGCCUCCCAAAGUCUCUCACUGACUCUUGUCUUUAUAAGAAAUCCAAACUUGAAAACAUGACAGAGAGCCUGAUUAGGAACUCGUUCUCCUGUCCUCUACUUUCCAAGGACAAUAAGGCUAGACAUUACCACAGCACUGGAAGCUUGGUUGAUCCUGGCCUCAACAAUAGGAUGAUGCAGGUCAUUGAGCACUACGCAAGAAAAAUAGUUAAUGACACUCUCAAGAUGAGCCUGGCUUCAGUAGGGCAUUCAUCCCAAGAUCAUCAGAGGAUUCCUGACCCAGACAGACACUCGCACACCCAAAAGCUGUCUGAAGGCAUUGCCCCCGGUCCCACAGAUGGACUUAAGACCGGCCAUUAUUGUCAAGCCUUGGAGUGUCCCUACUGCACCAAACUUAGUCGGCAUCACCACCAGUCAAUAUUGCAGAAGAGGAGAAAGUGCCCAGAGUAUCAGACUAGGCCAGAGCGUGUCCCUGGGCUGGAGAUUCCUAAAAUCCAUAUUGACCUGGAACACAGGUCGGCGUUUGCAGAGCAGAUGGUGUCUAUGGCAAUGGAGAAGGCAAAGCGCGAGUUGAGCAACACAAGCCUUAACGCAGACAGUGGUAUCGGCCAUGAUGGAACCAGCUACGCAGAGAGCCUCACUGCUGAGAUCAUGACUUCUGCACUUCACGUCUGCCAAUCAGCCAGUGUCAGCUCUCAGGGCAGGGAAGCCACAGAGUCCACUGUAUCCCAGCAGUUGAGUGUCGGGGACGACAGUGUGGGCAGCUGGUCCAACCUUAGCUUCGAAGAUGACAACAGCAGCUUCCUACACCUCAGUGACAGGAUCUCUAUGGAAGCAAACCUGACAAUGAGAUCCUUUCCCAAGAUAUCGAAGGAACACAGUGUCUUGACUGUCAAGGAGGCUGAGUUAAUGUAUCAUAAUAUUUUCAAAAGCAGCAAUGGGAACAGCAGUAGCUGGAGCAGUCUUGGCUUGGAGGGGGAGCCUUUUGAAGAACACAUGUCAUCCUCGCCUUCAGACAGUGACCAUACAGAGGACAAAGAAACUGAGGUCAAAGAGGAAUCCAGUGGAACUCUGUGUGUGGACACAACACAGGUCCAAGCCUCCAGGACUCUGUUGAUGAUCCUGAACUCGGACAUCCGCAAACUCAGACGGAGCCCUCAACACGUGACCCUCGACACCCAGCUGAGGAGCUUGCUGCAGUGGCUGGCGGCCUCCAUCGCCGGCGUCCCCAUGAUCCAACUGAGUCCCGACAAGGAGCUCCAGCAGCUGCCGGCUGUGGUCCAAAGGCUGCGUGAGAGGAAGUGGAGGGUGGGAGACCUGCUUCACUUCCUGUUGCGUUACUGUGAAGAGAGCCAAGCUCAGCCUCAGCCCAGAGAUGAGACACCCCAGUCGGGAAGAGAGUCUCACCGCGUUCCCCUCUUCAAGUGGCUGCUAGAGCACACCUAAAAUAUCUUGAUAGUGUCCCUCUGAGUAAACCGCUACCAACGCUGUUUUCCACCAGAGGGCGCUGUCAGUGCUGAUUGAGAGCCUGACACGUAUGACGUAUUAUUUCGCCACUGUUUGAUUGUUCCAGUAUGCACGUGUUGAUCUAGCAAACGAUCUCACACUUUCCUAAAAAGGAAGGCGAAGGACCCAUCCCGAUUGUUCCUGGCGCAGCCAUUUGCAACCGAGAGCGAACAAGCCUAUGUGUGUUUUUGUUUGGGGAUCCCCAUGGCUGCCAGGCCCCAUGAGGUCAUCACAUCCACGGCUCACCUCGGCUGCAUUGGUGUUUCCACAUGUGAGAGGAACACACGCAAACUACAGGAACACCACACCCCUUACAUUAUCAGUGUAGGAGGCAUCUUGAAAACCUGUAUUUCUUUCCAUGAAGUAUUUCUAUUGUUGUUACUUCCUCCACUCCCAUUCAAACACACCCUUUAUUUUAAACAUUUACCCUCGUUCACAUAGAACUACCAGAAAAAAUGCCUCCGAAUCGAUCUGCCACUCUGCCUUUCGAACAUAAGCAGCUGCUUUCACUACAACAGGGCAAGAGAAGUGGGUUUACACGCGGACGCCAUCAAUGUUCAAGACUCGUAAAUGAUCACGCCUCAGUUACUACUUUGAUACUACCUCCAAAGGUGAAAUUUGACCUGUUAACUUUGUCUCCGUACAGCAACAGGGAACAUAAAUGCGGAGGUUUCUCCACCUAUAUUAGUAUUCGAAUUGAAUCUUACAAUAUGUGGCUUGCCUUGCAACAAUCACCUUUAGGGCUGGGCAUCACUCCAUUCCUUGAUUAUUAUUUAUAUGGGAGAAUCUCUUGAAGUUGAGACGAAAUGGCCAAAGCGACUUCUUGACAGUCACGUUCCGAUUUCUUUAGACCGCAAACAAUUUUAGAUUUAAGAUAGCACUUGCUUCAACUUCAGAUGGGCCUCAGGAGUGAACAGUAUUUAGAUGACAGACUCAUGCUGGAAGUUCUUUAAACAGAAAUAGCUUAUGAUGACGGUCAAGGCUUCAUUUAGAUUACAAACCUGCUCCUCGUAAGACUAGUUGAGACUCCUUUAAGUGAAGAUGCAAUCAAAUGCUUACAUUCAUGUAGUGCACAAUUAAUUCAUUCCACACACUGAGUUCUAAGGAUCAAUCAAAAAUGUAAUUGAUUAUGCCCAUCCCCAGUGUGAAUUGUGUUUACCAGGAUAAUCAGUAUGUAAAGAGUAUUUUUCCCCCCAAGGCCAUAAGAUUAAAUAAGUCAUUAGUGACUUUAAUGUUGCCAAACUUACCUCACGUUGACUCCAGUCACCAGUGGGUCAUCCAUGUUGUGUCCUAAUUGUGGAAGGUCUAUUGACGCAGAUAACGUAGAUCUUAACCACACACACAGGAU